UUUGCAAUGAUUUGACUAGUAGAUCUACAUUGUAAUACCUUUUGCUGUCUCGGUUCCCUGACCUUAGUGUUUUGAGCUGAUCAGCAUGAACAGUGACGAUGAGGACGUCGCGAGGGAGCUGUGGCCUUACCACGUAGCCCCGCUAGCGGCUGGGGUGCUAGUCGCUGUCGUCACCAUCAUCAUAGUGAGACGCCUAAGAUGGCACGCAUCGUCCACGUAUCGGCGUAUGUCCCAACCUGCUCGAAAGACUGGCCAGAAACCUCAAAGUGCAAUCCAGGACAACCUUGCACGUGUGUCACAGCUCUGCUUUCAUCCACCUCUGACGGGAUCAUUCGUAUCAGCGGAGCUGAGCAGUGAGAACGAGCUGAGAGCCCGAGCAUUGGACAGGAUCUUGCCAUUAAAGAAAUCCAUGUUAGCAUGGCUGAAAUCCGAUACUGCUGACAUCAGCCAGUGUGCGUUGACCAUGCGCAGUUCGUUGAAGGAUAUCGUGGACUUGGCAGCGUCUGUCGACCGUGGCCUCUUCUCAGACUGCCAGGCCGACUGCCAAAUGUUGUGUGCGUUGUCACAAAGAGCCAGAUUUGGGCACGAGGAAUUCAGCCAGACCCUGUUUGACAUCCUAUGCGCAAGAUAUGACAUCGUUUCGAGACGGUGGCAGGCGUACAGUGACCGCUCGUUGAGAUUUUCACGACCUGAUGACGACAUGGUCGAUGGCCCAGGCCCCGGGUCACCUCUCCUCGGCCUAGCAUUCUCUGGACCCGGCGCACACUCUCCCAUAUCACCGUUGUCCACUGGCAGUCACAUUGCCAUGGAAACAUCAAUUUAGCCGCCGCGCUUAAUUAAUGGCUGAAACAGCGCAUGCAAUUCGACAAGACUGCAGCCAGAGCAGCAGAAAAUGAUGGAAUGCCACGCUCAUGCAAAGAGUCCAGUUCAAGUGUCACUGCCAGAACAGAUAUGACAACCGCACAGAAUGAAGAAGCGCGCCAUUUAUCACGGAUGAGCUCUAACUUUUGUUGACUUUGUUAUUGACAGAAUACCGCUCCAACAGUCGGCAACACCACACCUGCCCAAUAUGGCCAUCCAAGAGGAGUCCAGUGCCAGUGGGUGGUGGCAAGAGAUGUGCUAACCGAUAUGCCACUGUGAUCAGGUUGCAAAUGGAGAUGUGGUUCCUUGCAGUGCUCGUAGUACAGUAUUAUAUGAUGUGAGGUGUUUGCUCACGAUGUGAGUUGUGUUAUCAUGCAGCUCCGGCAAAACUGAAUGCGAUCUUCACUCCUCAGCACGUUCCUUCAGACUGGUCAGCAUUUUAGUCCCCAGGUCGCCGACAAUAUGUUUCACAACUCAUCGCCGAGACCUCAGCCACGGUUUCUCUCUGUUCUAUUGAUUUCCUCGGGUAUAUUCUAAGGACACAGAUCUAUUAUAUACCACUACACACCCACGACCAGUCACCUUGGUCAGACUGUUCAGUGUGUGCAGAACAUAACAUACAGUGGACACAGCCCGUUUCUGCUUCAAUUAUUUUCUUGAUCGUGACAUCAUAAUUAUUAUAGAAGAAAAAACUUUUUGUAUAGAUUAAAAAAUAUGUACACCAUUGGUUGGUACUUUGAACCAGCUAAUGUUAUCAAUUGACAAUCUACCCAGUGAGCAGUGACAAGGGAUUAUCUUAUAGAAGAGCA